AUGUUCGAUAUUCCCCUUCUGUACUAUCCCGUUUUUAUUUUGGUCUAUCUAGCUUAUAAAGUUGUAUUUCCUCCCCUUAAUUUUCCAAGGAACAUCCCUACAAUUCCAUUUUAUGUGAAUUUUUUGCCAAUUCUGUUUGGCAUUGAUCAAUUAGAUGUUUUUAGAUUAUAUUUGGCUGAACCCUUAGAAAGAUAUGGUGCCGUAAAAAUAUUUUUUGGUUCACGUUGGAAUAUAUUAGUUUCAAAGCCAGAAUACCUAUCACAGCUAUUCAAGGAUGAAAAUACAUUUGCUAAGAGUGGAAAUCAGAAGAAGAUUCCAUAUAGUGUACUUGCUGCUUAUACCGGUGAUAAUGUCAUUAGUGCCCAUGGUGCAAUCUGGCGUAAAUACAGAAAUGCAGUAACAAAUGGGCUACAGCACUUUGAUGAUGCUCCUAUUUGGGAAAAUACAAAGUUAUUUAGAAAAUUGCUUUCAAAGAAAAUUGAAAAUGGGAAUAGUAAUCGGCUUUCGAUGGUUCCAUUAAUUCAAAGAUUAGCAUUGGAUAAUAUUUCAAACGUUGCAUUAGGUUUUGAUUUUGGAACAUUGAAGUCUGACAACUGCCCCUUGCAUCAACAUUUGUUACACAUUAAGAAAAAAAUAUUUCAUCCAUUUUUCUUAACAUUUCCCUUCUUUGAUAGACUUCCAAUACCCUCACGUGUAAAGGGUUUCAAGGAAGUUGAGAGCUUUCGUAGGGAGUUAGUACGAAAAGUUCAAGAUGAUCUGAUUACUAAUUUUAAAUUUGAGCAAACAACUUUUGCUUCUAGUGAUUUAAUUCGUGCUUAUAACAGAGAGGAACUAAAUUACAAGCAAUUAUGUGACAAUAUGAUUAUUAUUUUGAUUGCAGGCCAUGAAAAUCCUCAAAUGGCUUUAACAAGUAUGUUUUACUUCUUGGCUAAAUACCCUGAAUUUCAAGAGUUAAUUAGAGAAGAAGUUAAAGGUAUUACUGAAUCAAAAUAUCUACUUGAACUUCCAAUCUUAAACUCUUUUAUAUAUGAAGUAUUAAGGUACUAUCCUCCUUUGAAUUCAAUAAUUAACCGUUGUACAACUAGAGCUUGUCGUCUGGGUUCUGAGAUAGCUAUUCCAAAGGGUGUCUAUGUUGGCUACAGUAAUUAUGGUUCUUCUCAUAAUACUAAGAAUUGGGGAGAAGAUCAUAUGGAAUUUAAACCAGAAAGAUGGGGAAAGGAAAUAGAAAGUAUUCAUAAUAAUUGGAAAUAUGCUAAAAAUUCUUGUAAAAUUACUUCAUUUCAUGGUGGUCGUCGAGUUUGUUUGGGUGAAAAGUUAGCACUCACUGAAAUUAGGAUAACAAUUACAGAAAUGGUCAAACAUUACAAGUGGAAAUUGCCAAAUGAUUGGCAAGAUAGGGUGACUCCUGCUGGUCCGUUGUCUCCUUGGGCCCUAGAAUUAAUUUUUGAAGAGCGCAAUUGA